CAAAUUUUUUGAUUCAGUACAACAACUCACAAUGUCAGGCCCAGUCACUGUGACGAUCAAGGCGUCGACUGGCUCUAAAAUCACCGUGACGGUGGACGAUCCAGCAACACACACCAUCCUCAAGGUCAAGCAGGAGGUCGCCCCGCAGGUCUCGCUCGAGCCCAGCCAAAUCCGCCUGAUUUACUCUGGCCGGAUUCUCAAGGACGAGGACACGGUUGCAUCCUAUGGUAUCAAGGACGGCCACUCCAUUCACCUCGUCAAGAGCGCGGCUCCGGCUGCGGCUGGUGGUGCUGCUCCAUCAUCGCCGGCUGGCGCGGCGGCUCCUGCUGCGGCUCCGGCGCCGACAACCCCGGCCACGCCAGCAUCCAACGCGCAGCCCGCUGCUACUGCAGGCGCUCGCCAGCCCUCGGCUGCGGCAGCCAAUGCAAUCAAUGCUGGCAUCUUUGGCCUCGGUGGCGCGGGUGCGCUUGGUGGGGUCGGCGGCAUGGGGCUGGGCAAUGGCGGUGCGUUCGACGGCAUGCACCAACAAAUGCAGGAAAUGAUGGCCAACAACCCCGAGAUGAUGCGCAACAUGAUUAACUCGCCACAAGUCCAGGCAAUGAUGAACAACCCCGAGCUCAUGCGAACCAUGAUGAUGGCCAACCCGCAAGUUCGUGACCUUAUUGAACGCAACCCCGAGCUCGGCCACAUGCUGAACGACCCGUCCGUGAUGCGGCAGUCCAUGGACAUGAUGCGCAACCCAGCAGCAAUGCAAGAGAUGAUGCGAAACAGCGAUCGCGCAAUGAACAACAUUGAGGCAAUGCCCGGCGGCUUUGAUGCUCUCCGGAGAAUGUACGCGCAGUACCAGGAGCCCAUGCAGGAAGCUCUUGGUGAACAACAAAAUCAAACACAAACGCCACAACCCGCCAUCCCCGCAACGAAUCCCGAUGGCACACCGGCGCCGUUGCCAAACCCGUGGAACACGCAACCGACAGCGAAUGCCGGCGCUCGUGGCCGGAUUCCAAAUCCUGCCAUGAUGGGUGCCAAUCCCUUCGGCGACCUUGGCGGCUUGGCUGGACUUGGCGGCGCUGGCGGCCAAGACAUGAUGCUGGCAAUGCUGCAAGACCCCCAGGUCCAGGCGAGCCUACAAGCAACGAUGGCUGAUCCCAACUUUAUUGCAACCAUGACGCAAAACAACCCGCUGCUCCAAAACAACCCGCAAAUGCAGGCCAUGCUGGCCAAUCCUGAAACGCUGCGACGAAUGACAGAUCCCAACACCCUUCGUGCAAUGAUUCAGAUGCAGCAAGCGAUGGGCCAAUUGGCUCAAGUAGGGUUGCUCCCCAACAUGAACGAGAUGGGUGGUCUUGGCGGGCUUGGCGGACUCGGCGGCGGCGGCUUUGGUGGCUUUGGCGACUUUGGCCUGGGCAAUGCUGGCGGUGCGCCGACGGGUGGGGCAACUACGACUCCAGCACAGCCCCCGGCUGAGCGUUUCCGGGUGCAGCUUCAGCAACUCCAAGACAUGGGCUUUUACGACGAGGAGACGAACAUUCGAGCACUCACAUUGUCUCAGGGCAACGUCAACGCUGCUAUUGAGCGCCUGCUGAACCAGUAA